CAGGCCCGGGUCACCUAAAGUCCCCUAGUGGCACGGGCCAGACGUUCUCUCUUCAACUGCUGGUCUCAUUCGUACAUAAGUCAAUGAAUGUCUUGGUCUUGUGUGAAGCGAAUGUGAGACAGGAUCGUCUCAAACUCUCUCCUCGUCCAACUGCUUCCCUCAUUUUGACCAUCAUCAUAUCAUGACCGUUCCACAACCGAUUUCUCCUCUUCCUCAGGCUCCUAUUGCCACAGCUUUGCCCGAUGCUCCACCAACCGACUUCUUUUCUCCUAUUCAAUGGGACGUCUUCUUUGCACUUGUCGACGGUGUCUUGCCCUCCAUCACCUCAGAGUCCGAUGUGACCGACGAUCAAGGUCAGAUUCAGCUUCCAGACCAUGAAGUCAAUGCUGUCCUCGAUCGUAGUGCCGAGGCUCUGGCAGCCCCAGCCACUAGAGACAAUAUCCGUGCCUUUCUCCGUGAUAGGCCUGUCAAUGAUGCUCGCUUUAGAGAUAACCUCAUGAGGACCCUGGCCAUAUCCCCGCCCGACCAACUCAAGCGCCUUGCCGGGUUAUUGAGCUUGAUGUCGUGAGUACAACUAGACGGGCCAUGCUUCCAUUUGUUUCGCGUCACUAAGUUUUUUUCUCAAGCACCCGUCCUGGUAGCUACUUCAUCACCGGCUACUGGCAACCAAUAUACAACCAGCCCACCCACGUCCGCGAAGCUAUCCUCAAAUCAUGGGCCACAUCCCCCAAGGAUCGCUGGUCCGCUCUGGCCAAAACGAUGUCUGCCAUGUCUUUCAAGGCAUAUUCUCAAACCAGUUCGGCUCUCUACCAGCUCUCGGGUUACUCAGAUACCCCAAAGGACUGGCAACCAAAGGAAACCUUCGACUAUGACUUUCUCCAGAUCGGCCCCGGGGACGACGCACAUGCCAUAGAGACCGACGUCGUCAUUAUCGGUUCCGGCUGCGGCGGAGGUGUAUGUGCCAAGAAUCUAGCAGAGGCUGGCCACAAAGUCAUUGUCGUGGAUAAGGCCUAUCACUAUCCUUCAACACACCUCCCCAUGGCUCAGGAUGCGGCCUGUGCUCAUCUCUACGACAACGCAGGCUUCUUUAUGACGGAAGACUCUGGCUGUACCGUCACAUCUGGCAGUGCAUGGGGUGGAGGAGGUACCGUCAACUGGAGCGUAUGUCUCAAGCCUCAAGACUUUGUGCGAGAGGAAUGGGCGGAUGAGGGCCUUCCUUUCUUCACAUCCACAGAGUUCGACGAGUGUCUAGACCGUGUGUGGGAGUUUCAAGGGGCUGGCACUGACCAGAUACGCCACAAUCACCGAAACAGAGUGCUUCUAAAUGGCUCAAGCAAGCUCGGCUGGACGGCACGUCCAGCUCCCGUCAACACGGGAGGGAGGGAGCACUUCUGUGGCCAGUGUCACCUUGGCUGUGGCCUGGCCGAAAAGCGAGGGCCAGCUGUGAGCUGGUUACCGGAUGCUGCCAAGGCCGGCGCUCAGUUCAUGGAAGGAUUUCAGGUCGACAAGAUCCUGUUUGAUUAUGACGGGCAGACUGCCAUUGGCAUCGAGGGAGAGUGGGUGUCGAGGGAUAGUGCAGGUGACUUGAAUGACGCGAACAACAGAAUCAAGAGACAGGUCAUAGUCAGGGCCAAGAAGGUAAUCCUUGCAGCCGGCUCGUUAUGGAGCCCGAUCGUCCUCAAGAACAGCGGUAUUACUAAUCCGAAUGUGGGAGCUAAUCUGCACCUCCAUCCUUGCAACUUUGUCACAGCAGUAUGGAAGGAGGAAACGAUACCUUGGGAGGGGGGCAUUAUCACCAGCUACUGUCCCCAGUUUGACAACGUCGACGGUAGUGGAUACGGAACGAAGCUGGAAACGACGUGCAUGGUGCCAUUCACAAUUCUGUCGCAAGCAUCAUGGACCAGCGGCCUAGAUGCAAAACUCCAUAUGACAAAGUUGCGUCACAUGAAUGCCUGGAUAUCGUUGACCAGAGAUCGUGACGCAGGCAGCGUCUUUCCAGACCCCACGACUGGUCGACCUCGCAUUGAUUAUACUCCCUCGGACUAUGAUCGAGCCCAUACCAUCCAGGGAGUUGAGGCUCUGGCCAAGAUAUGCUAUGUCACGGGAGCAGUCGAGAUACGUCCUCUUCUCAAGGGUCUGGAACCCUUUGUGCGCAAGGGAGAGACGUCCUCGGAGCAUUCGCUAGACUCCAAAGGCUCAGUGGCCGAUCCAGAGACCACUGACCCAGCCUUUGCCUCCUGGCUCAGCACCGUCCGCGAAGUGGGCAACAAACCACCGACGGCCCCUUGGAGCUCAGCCCAUCAGAUGGGCACGUGCCGCAUGAGCGCGAGCAGCGACGAGGGCGUGGUUGAUGAGAAGGGAAGGGUCUGGGGCACGGGUAACCUUUACGUCGCAGAUGGGAGCGUGUUUCCCAGCGCCAGUGGCGUGAAUCCCAUGAUCACCAUUAUGGCCAUUGCGGAUUGGAUAUCACGCGGCGUGGACGCAGACCUGAGGGCGUGAGGGGUAGUGAUUGUGAUAUGACAAGACAGGAGAGCCGAUAUAGCUGUAGCUGUGUGUAGUGUUAUUAUUGUCCUGUAAACGACUGGACGUUAUCUCCCGAGAGACAUACAGGGGAUUUGAUAGAGUCAUAGUCGACGGUACAGUAGAAUACUUUGACUGGUCUUCGAGUCCGCAUCAGUCAACCUGCCCCUGAACACCGUGUUUCCUAGCAACGAAGUGCCAUUGACUCGUGAAUGAGGACUAGGG